GGAUUUGAUUGGAUUGUCCAUAUUUAUCUACUCUAUUUGGUGAAUACAACUUUCAACUAUGAAAAUGAUGUAAUUUUCUACAAUCGUGAUUGCAACUUUCUAUCAAGGUUCUCUUAUACUUGUUCCAUUGGACUGAGGCUUAGACCACCCAUUUCUGAGAAUCGAUUCAGAGUUUAUUUUCCAGUUGUAUGGUACCUUUCUUGUAUGAUAUGAGUGUCCCUUAUCUUGAAAAAGAGUGGUCUUCUUAAAGAUUCUUACAUUGGAAUAGAUUGAUCACCAGAGUCUAUCAAACUUUGUUGCUGCUGCUUUUAUUCCAGAGUUUCAGUAAUUUCUACUUGAGUGGAUCCUUGAUGAGGUGAUAACUGUUUGGAUGACCACCCAUUGUGCAUAGAUUUCUCACAGCACGCUUAAAUCUUAUAAGCAUAUGACAAAGUGGAUACCUAUUUUUAAACAUGAUUCAUCAAAAUGUCUGGAAACUUUGCAGACCCAUUUAUAUAUUGCAUCAAAUCAGAUGUUUGAAUACUCACACUCUUGGUAGAUAUUGGCACCAUUAUUUCAGGCUUGAGCUAAAUCCUCGAACACAAACAUUGUUUAACUUUAAAUACUGGUCAUCAUUUCUAUCACCAUCUUCCUCUUCAUCACCAUUGUCAUUGUUAUCAUCAUGGACUUUUGUUCGCCACUUGGCAUUUCAACAAGGUAAAAAUAAAAUCGAUAGAAAAGUUUACAUUGCUUACAUUAAAAGCUUGUUGCAGGAAUUCAAUGAUCUUCAGAUGCAAUAUUUGACACCGAAUGAAGAGACAGGGAUAACACAUCAUGAAAGUGAGAGGUACAAACAGCUAAUGCCUGUUGCAUCGAAAAUUGAGGACAUGUUUACAAAAGAGAAGGAACGGGAAGAACUUGUAGAACUUUUACUUGAUGCUUCUGCAGAAGACAAAGACCUUGAAACAAUAGUCAAAAGUGAGACUGCUCACUACAAUGAAAUCAUUCAGCAACUUGAUGAUGAGAUAAAAAGCUUGUUGAGCUUCAGUUCAGGCAGUUCAGCUUCUGAUGUAGUUGUGGAAGUCACUCCUGGAGUCGGUGGCCAGGAAUCACAGCUAUUUGCCAAAGAGAUAAUCGAGCUGUACUUCAACUAUGCACAUUAUAAAGGAUGGGACUUCUCAUUGGUUAGUGAAGACCGGAGUGAUAUUGGUGGUAUACGUAAAGGUACUGCAAUGAUAUCAGGAGAUGAUGCUUACAAUUACAUGAAGUUUGAAGGAGGUGUCCAUCGGGUCCAACGAAUUCCCAAAACAGAGAGAGGAGGACGUGUGCAUACAAGCACAGUGACAGUUGCUGUAUUGCCUCAACCAAAAGAUAUUGAUAUUGCCUUGAAUCCUAAGGACCUACAGAUAACAACAUGUCGUGCUAGCGGUAGUGGAGGACAACAUGUCAAUACAACAGACAGUGCUGUACGGAUUGUUCAUGUCCCAACUGGAAUGGCAGCAGAAAGCCAACAGGAGCGGUCGCAGAUGAAGAAUAAAGAAAUUGCAAUGAAAUUAUUACAGACAAAGUUAUACCAAAAACAGUUACAACAACAGGAACAAGAGAUCCAAUCCAAUCGUAAAACACAAAUCGGAAUGGCUGGUCGAUCUGAGAAGAUCCGAACAUAUAAUUUCAACCAGGACCGAAUAACUGACCAUCGACUUUCAUAUAACAUACAUAAUUUAUCACAGUUUUUCACAAAUGGACAAAUUUUGGACAAUUUAUUAGUGAAUUUACUCUAUCAAGAAAGAGAGGGCUGUUUGCACCAGAAAUUAGAAGAGUUUUCGCUAUCUAUGCAAAAAACAUGAAAAAAACAAUCCCUUUUUUUGAUCAGAAAUCAUAUUUUUGAUUCAUGUUAUUAGUAAGUUAUUUUAUAAAUGCAUUAAAAUUCAAUCCUUGCCUUAUGUUAGAUUAUUAGGUGCAUGCUGAAAGCACAUGGCUUAGUGGUUAGAGCAUUAGGCUCACAAUCAUGAGGUAGUGACUUCAAUUUCCAGACCAAGUUGUGUGUUGUGUUGUUGAGCAAAACACUCUAUUUCACGUUGUUCCAGUUCACUCAUCUGUAGAAAUGAGUUGCAACGUCACUGGUGCCAAGCUGUAUCAGCCUUUUCCUUUCCCUAAGAUAACAUUGGUGGCAUUGAGAGGGGAGACUGGUAUGCAUGAGUGAUUGUUGGUCUUCCAUAAACAACCUUGCCUGGACUUGUGCCUUGGAGGGGAACUUUCUAGGUACAAUCUCAUAGUCAUUCAUGACUGAAGGGGGUCUUUACUCAUUUAGAUGCAUGCAUAGCCAUGUGCUUAAGAAGUUUACUGUACAACUACAAGGGUUUGGGUUAUGAUUUCAUUGUAUAGCAUCUUGGGUAAGUGUCUUUUACUGUGGCCUUGGGUUGAACAAUGUCUUGUGAUUGAAACUUGGUUGGUGACAAUCAUACAAGAAACUCAUCCAAUAUGUGUCUAUGUGAUUCUUAUGGUAUCAGUACUAGCCAAGACAUUAACCUUCAAACUGUCUAGUUCACUUAAUUGUAAAUAAAUAAUGCAGAGUAGGAAUUAUAUGCCUCUCUAAGCAGUAGAAAUACUGUAAAAACUUAAUAAGCAAAUUGUCAACUUGUGUAUCAGAGGGUGACUUUCUAGGUGCAAUCCCAUGCUCAUUCAAUUUAAAAAUCAUUAAAAAAAAAAAAAACUUAGUAAAUCUGUUUGGAUUAUUAAAUCCACAGACAUUAUUAUCCUGUUAAACUGCAUCUGUGGAAAAAAAAACUCAAAGAGUAGUUUCCAGUAGGCUGAUUUUCUCAGGAUACACUUCUUGUAGAUUAACUUUUGUGUGAUGCCCUAAUGACUCAGUGGGUUAAGGGAUUUGCCAUAUGACAUUGCUGCAAAUCACAAAUUUACAAGGGAAAUGCAUAAUUAAUUGAACCAGUAUAUGAUGUCUUUUCAGUUAUGAACUGAAAAUUGUUGAUAUUUGUCUCGUUUUUGCAUAACACAACUGAAAUUGGUCCUGUUUGUUUCCAGUUGCAAUGGACAUAUGUGAAGAGAGAGAGAAACUAGUCUGAACCUCAAAUAGAAAUUCGUCCAAAUCAAAGCAAUCUGUUCCUCUCAUUGUUAACCAAAUUUCAGCUGUUAAAAUGGUUUUUCACAAUUCUCUGUGUUUUUUGAUAAGGGGCAUAACAAAUUGUUAGGGUAGGACUAAAGUCUACCAUCUCUGGUCUACCUGUACUCUCAAACAGUCAGGUUAAAUGCUGCUAGAUAAACCGUAUGCACCUUCCUGGAAGGCAACAGCACAUACUUAUCAUGUUCUAUCAAAGACAUAAUCGUGGCUUUAUUAACACAUCACAUUUCUUCCACCCCAGUCUAUUGGAUAGCUUUUGCACCCUUUUGUUUAACAACAUAUAUCUUACUCUGAUAAUGCAACUUCUAAUUUCAUUACAAAAAAAAAUGAUUGUGUACUUUUCCCACUUCUAGUACAUUGGUUGCAAUAUUUUUUCUAAUUAUCUGAGUAGCCAACUCUCUAAUCUAUUGUUCUUCAUCACUAAUUCUUUGCACUUCUCUAUCAUUCUCUAACAGUUCUUUCAACUACAGUUAUAGUUAUGAUUGUUUCUAAUUUAAGUACAGUGUGAGGAGAGGAGGUUUGUCAAUUACAUCAGUAUCCACUACUUGACUGGUUCUUUAUUUUAUUGGUACCAAAAAAAAAAAAAUGAAAGAUAAAGUUGAUCUUAAAAGGAUUUGAACUCAGAAUGUAAAGAGCCAGAAAACUAUUCAGUUUCAUGUCCAACAAGCUAAUGAUUCUUCCAAUCUGUGCCCUAGCCAUAAUUAUAAUAAUGAUUGCUAAGAUAGGCACAAGGCCCACAUCUUGAGGAAGGAGAAAAGUCAAAAGUCCAUUAAAUCAACAUCAAUGGUUACUCUUUUACUUGUUUCAGUCAUUUGACUGUGGCCAUGCUGGAGCACCGCCUUUAGUCGAGCAAAUCGACCCCAGGACUUAUUCUUUGUAAGCCUAGUACUUAUUCUAUCGGUCUCGUUUGCUGAACCACUAAGUUACGGGGACAUAAACACACCAGCAUCGGUUGUCAAGCAAUGUUGUGGGGGACAAACACAGACACACAAACAUAUACACACACAUACAUAUAUAUAUAUACACACACACAUAUAUAUACGAUGGGCUUCUUUUCAGUUUCCGUCUACCAAAUCCACUCAAAUGGCUUUGUUCGGCCUGAGGCAAUAGUAGAAGACACUUGCCCAAGGUGCCAUGCAGUGGGACUGAACCCGGAACCAUGUAGUUUGUAAGCAAGCUACUUACCACACAGCCACUCCUACACCUAGGAUUAAUAUUUUAUUUUAUCAACCCCUGAAAGGUGAAAGGCAAAGUUGGUAUCAGUAGGAUUUGAACUCAAAAUGUCAAAGAAUGCAAAGGACUUUCUGUCUGAUACUCUGCUGAAUCAGCCAACACACAGUUCUAACAAUCACUAUAAUAAUUCUAAUUUUGGCACAAAGACAACAAAGUGACCACAAUGUUAUUUGAACCCAGAACAUAAAGAGUUGGAACAAAUGAUGCAAAUCAUUUUGUCCAUUACUAAGUAUUCUACUCAUUUACUACCUAAAUAUUAAUCAUAUUAAUUUUGUUAUUUUUCAAACUGUAAAGUAGAAAACAAAAUUCUGAAGCAUCUUGGGAGGGUCACUGAACCAAUAAUUAAUUUUAAAACUGGCAAGAAAUGAAACACUGAAAAUUAAUUGUCAUGUAAAAGCAUUAUUCUUAAAAAUAAUCAACAAAUUCCUGUUUUA